GAUAGAUUAACAGAAUUGGGACGACAAACACGCCAGCCUUUGGCUUAAAAAUUUUACAGCUUGACCUCUCAUUCUGUCCUUAUCCGGAGAAGAAGCUUAAAGGACAGUCAAUCUCCUGAUGCAGACAGAAGACAGAGCAAAACCGGGGACUUGAAGAAUUAACAGCAGGCAAAAGACAGUGCAACUGACCUAUAACACUGAAGACUCCAGCAGCAGCAUGUAAGAAAACAUUUGAUGGAACAUGAACUCUGAAUUACAUGCUGGGAAGAACAGUGCGAUAAAUAAUUGUGUGAAAGCACUGGACAGCACUGGAAACUGAGUUUCAUAUUUGCCAUGCUGGGAGUGAACCUGAAAUAAAGAAAAGACUGAAAAGAUCAAGAGAGAAGCAAUGGAGAGAAGAAACGCCUGAUUUGGGCCUGUGUUGAUCUGUGAGGCCACACAGGAAACUGUGAGAAGAGGGACAAGGACCAGUGAGAGGUCAAGCCCGGACGAGUUCGAGUGAGAGCGUAUGGGGAAUUGGAUUGAAAAUCGAGGCUGAACUGUUGGAGGUUUAGCAAUGUCCAGAGCAUUAUAACAGAAAGGUAAAUUUAAAAAAAAAAAAAAGGAGAGAGAAAAAAAUACAUAAGGUAUUAAUUACAUGAAUGAAUAGAAAACACACAUACACAAAUUGUUACAUGUGAAAUUAUUUUUGGAGAGAAUCAGAAGUGAGAUAGUUUGAAUCCAGAGCUCAGUGCAAAGAUGCAUGAAUUAAACCUGAUUAUAAAAAACACAUCAAGGCAAUGAAGAUCAGCUUACACUCAAUCUUAAUAUGAAUACAAAUACAUAGACGCAACGAAGACACGCUUACACUUAUGUGAAUACAUGACAUAAAUUGGUGUUUCUGCCUGGAGAGAGAGAUGUGUGUUGUUUAAGCAGUGAAGAUAAUAAUGAAAAUGUCUUAGUUUUGUCACUUUUAGGUGCAAAGCAGACCUGGAUCAAUUUUCCACAUGCAGCAGUGGAAGAAAGUUAUAGGUUAACAUCACUGGAAACAUUCAGGCCAAGUUUCUGGUUGAAUUGUUUACAACGCCGUGUGUCACUAAACCUGACAAGCGAGCUCUCACUCCUGGCUGAAGACAAGGAAUGCAGUUCCAAAGAGCAAUAACAUGGCAGUUCAAGAGAGACAGUGGAGAAUGCAGGACAAAGCGGAAAGAGAACUGCCUGGGUUUGGACUGUUGAAGUGGAAGAGGACAACGGACUGGGAGCAGUAGAAUCAAACUGAGCUCAUCCAGCCGUUCUCAACAGCACAGUAGAGAUUCUGUCCAACACUGCAGUUUCAGUGCGGAAAAUCUGUUUCUCCUCAAAGGAACCUUAAACUGAGCUCAUCCAGCCUUUCUGAGCAGCACAGCAGAGCUUCUGUCCAACACUGGGUCUGAUAAGAUCCCCACUUUGUGCCUGACACACCUGCAGGGAGAGGCGGAGAUUCAACUGAGUCUAUCAGAUUUUUCUCAACAACACAACAAACAGCAACAUGUCUGCUGCCAGCUGUCUUCUAUCUGAAGAUCAGUUUCUGUGCUCCAUCUGUCUGGAUGUCUUCACUGAUCCAGUCUCCACACCAUGUGGACACAACUUCUGCAAAAACUGCAUCAGUCAACACUGGGAUAUCAGUGACAGGUGUCAGUGUCCUGUGUGUAAAAAUGUGUUUGAGAUCAGAAAUGAGCUGGGGGAAAUCUCUGAGCGGAUGAAGAGAAGCUCUGAGGUGGAGCAGCUCUCACUCUCUAAAGACCACCUCCACCUCAUUCAAAGCUUCUCAUGCCUACAAAUUGCUCCAACCAGCAAUGACUGGACAGAGCUCAGUUUCCAUCCACUAUCAUAUGAGCUGUUUGAGGCUGAGCUGAAGAGGGUCCAGCAGUAUGCAGUGGAUAUGACUCUUGAUCCUGAUACAGCACAUCCUAAACUCAUCCUGUCUGAUGAUGGGAAACAAGUACACUGUGGUGAUAAAAGGAAGCAACAUCCAGACAACCCAGAGACAUUUUUUAAAGGUGUUUGUGUUUUAGCAAAGCAGAGUCUCUCUUCAGGCAGAUUAUACUUUGAAAUUCAGGUUAAAGAAAAGACCAAAUGGUUUUUAGGGGUGGUCAGAGAGUCAAUCAACAGGAAGGAAGACCCCAAUCCGAGUCCUGCGAAUGGUUACUGGACAGUAAUUUUAGGUAAAAAUAGUUUUUUAGCUCUUGACAACCUUCCAGUCCAUCUUCCUCUUCACGGUCCUGAGAAGGUGGGGGUGUUUGUGGAUUAUGAGGAGGGUCUGGUCUCCUUUUAUGACGUAGAUCACGCAGCUCUUAUCUACUCCUUUACUGGCUGCUCCUUUACCGGGAAACUCUACCCAUUCUUCUGUCCCGGUAAUAAUGAUGAUGGUAACAACUCAGCGCCGCUGAUCAUCUGUCCUGUCAAUCAGCAGGUCUGAUCUUUUUACAUGAGGAAAUUGGAUCAAUUAUAGGUUAAGCUCAUUAUUUUAACUAACACAAAGAAGAAGUCCUAUAAACAGAACUUGGCAAACUGCACCUUCUGAAGAUUAUGAGAUUCACUCAGAAGCUGCAGAAGUUGAAUGUUAGUUGAUAUCUAUUUAUUUUUUUAAUCCGUUUGCAAGUUGAAGAAAAUGAUCCAUUUGAGGAAAUACAGUGUGAGUAAAUAGAAACUCUCCUUUUCUUUUUUUUUUUUCAAUGUUUAAAGGCACACAUAUGAGUACAAAUGUUAACAUUUUAUUAUUUUAAUGGACCUGGUGUUAUAUCAAUAUCAAAGUCAGGAUGGAGACACUGUUCCUCUGUUCUACUACAACACACUUGUUCAUAAUCACAUAAAUAUAAAUCUGAACUUUUAUCGUCUCCUUUGAUGAUCAUCAGCUGCUGAACUUUAGUCAUCUUACCUCUGAAGUGACAGGAGAAUGAGCUGCUGUUUUGAAUCAAUAAUACUAUUUUAACUAUCAUACACGUCAUAAAUGCAUUUGUACCAUGAUUUUUAUGUUUAGUUUCAAGACUGCGAAACUUGAUCAGAACAUAAUGACACCCACGGCCCGCGAACACCUUCAACUCGUCCUUUUUCCUUCUCAACCCUGCCAUUCGUUCAUGAUGCAAAUGUAAAGUUGUGGUAUUGGUACUUAAACAUUUAGCUAGCUAAGUCUUAAAUCAUUACUCUUUCUCUCUGGUGUUCAGCCUAAAUGUAAAUGUUAAUGCAGCAGUUGGAGUAAAAAUCCAGCAGAGGGCGCUCUGAGCCAGGGCAGCACUGUCACUGCUGUGCAUUAUUUAAACCAUUAAACUCAUGCGUGCAUUUGAUUAAUGAUUAUUCAGGUCAUCAGAGCUGUUGUUGUGUUUCACUCUGAAUAAGAUGAUGCCCUCUAAAUUAAAAGCAUAAUAAAGUUUAACAUUAGUUUAGACAUUAGUUUUGUUUCAGUGGAGAAUAAUGAAAUAAGUUGCUGUAAUUCUUUUCUGCUGUUGCUGUUAGCUAGGGUUGCCAACUCCCUGAGAAAUAAAUAAGGGACACCUCGUGGCCAGGGCCGGGUGACCCAGUUGUCUUCACCCUUCCCAGUGUGGUGAAUUUUUUAGCUCUUUUUUUUGUGUGUGAAAUUAUUUUUUUAACCAUUUGACUUGUGCUGUCAGCUCAUUGGUCACAAAGCAGGAGCGGGGCUGGGAAUUAUGUUUUCAAACAAAGCGUUAAUUACAUUAAAACUUAUAGACUACUUUUGAUUCUCACUGUAUUACGGGACAAAGUGCGUCCCUUUUCAGCUCAAUACGGGACGUGUACUUUUGUUUCUAAAUACGGGACGAUUCCGUUUUUUAAGGGACGGUUGGCAACCCUACUGUUAGCGCUCUCAUUUGUCACUGAGGCCCUGACUGUUAAAUACACUGAAUGAAAUAGCACCUCAGUAAAUACUGUGUGUAUAAUAAGUGGUGAAACGCAGUGCUGUCUGAGAGUCGAUGCUGAGUUUGUCUCAAAGCUGUUUCAGUUCAUUUUAAAUGCUGUCAUCGAUGUUCUGACACCCCGAAAGAUGAAAACCAAACCAAUAACUCUGUUAAUCUCUUAUUGUGUAAAACUUAAUUAAUAAAAUAUUUCCACAUAAUCUAA